AUGCCGGCGCUGGCCGCCGCCUCCGCCUCGGCCUCGGCCUCGACGUCCGCCGCGCCGGCCGCCGGGCUGCUGGCCGGGCUGCCGCGCUUCAGCAGCCUCAGCCCGCCGCCGCCGCCGCCCGGCCUCUACUUCAGCCCCAGCGCCGCCGCCGCCGUGGCCGCCGUGGGCCGCUACCCUAAGCCGCUGGCCGAGCUGCCGGGCCGGACGCCCAUCUUCUGGCCGGGGGUCAUGCAGAGCCCGCCCUGGAGGGACGCGCGCCUCGCCUGCACGCCGCAUCAAGGGUCAAUUUUGCUGGACAAGGACGGCAAAAGGAAACAUACCAGGCCGACGUUUUCGGGCCAGCAGAUCUUUGCUUUGGAAAAGACUUUUGAGCAAACGAAAUACUUAGCUGGGCCCGAGAGAGCGAGGCUCGCCUACUCGCUGGGGAUGACGGAAAGCCAAGUCAAGGUCUGGUUCCAGAACCGGCGGACCAAGUGGCGGAAGAAGCACGCGGCCGAGAUGGCGACGGCCAAGAAGAAGCAGGACUCGGAGACGGAGCGGCUGAAGGGCGCCUCGGAGAACGAGGACGAGGACGACGACUACAACAAGCCGCUGGACCCCAACUCGGACGACGAGAAGAUCACGCAGCUGCUCAAGAAGCACAAGCCGGGCGGCGCCGGCGCCAGCGCCAGCCUCCUGCUGCACGCGUCGGAGAACGAGGCCUCCUCCUAG